AUGAAUUCAAAGAUCUUGGUACAUUAUUUUGACCUCAUGGGUUUACAGAAACAUCUAGAAAAUAAAAUGCAUUAUUUGUGGGAAAAAGAAUUAAUAACUGGAAAUCUUACAGAUGUAAAAACACUAAAAGAAGUUAGUGAAAUGGCUGAUAAACUCUGGCUCCAGAAUUCUACCUCUGUUAAAGAUGUGAGACUGGAUCUUCAGAAGCUGGAGGUAGUACAGGCAAACUGUGUCCGCUGGAAGAAGAAGUUCCUGUUUAUGUGUAAAAUCAGUGCCAGUGCCACAACAGGGAUUCUGGAUGCUUGUGUUUGCAGGGUGUCUGUACGCAAGGAGCUAAAAGGAGGAAAGACAUAUGCAAAGCUGGGAUUUGCAGAUCUAAAUCUAGCAGAGUUUGCUGGAUCGGGAAAUACCACUCGUCGCUGUUUACUGGAAGGCUACGAUACCAAAAAUACAAGACAGGAUAACUCCAUCCUCAAAGUUUUGAUCAACAUGCAACUAAUGUCUGGAGACCCAUGCUUCAAAACGCCUCCUUCCACGGCUAUGUCUAUAGCAAUUGCUGGAGAAUCAGAAUCUUUGCAUGAAGACAGGAAAGGUGGAGAAAACUUACAAGUACUACAUCUGGGCCUAGCAGAUGCCUCAUCAAAGAGUGCCUCAGUCCCAGAUGAACUUGGUGCAUGUGGGCAUUCCAGAACAUCAAGCUAUGCAAGUCAGCAGUCAAAACUGUCAGGAUAUAGUACAUGUCACUCUAGAUCAUCCAGUCUUUCUGAACUCUGCCACAGAAGAAACACCUCAGUGGGUAGUACCUCAACAGGAAUUGGAAGUAUUCUAGAACCAUGUGAAGAGCUUCAGCCGAAAGUAACUGAAGCUAAUAUUGAUCCAUCUGUUAAGGAUGCACCAUCAGAAAAAUCCUGCAGACAUCCUGUAAAGCAAGACUCUGUGGAGUCACAGCUGAAGAGGGUAGAUGCUACCAGAGUUGAUGCUGACGAUAUAGUUGAAAAAAUACUUCAGAGUCAAGACUUCAGUUUAGACUCAAGUGCAGAAGAAGAAGGUUUAAGAUUAUUUGUGGGCCCUGGUGGAAGCACAUCUUUUGGAAGCCAUCAUCUCCCUAACAGAGUAGGAUCUGGAGCAUAUGAGCAGGUGGUGAUAAAACGCUAG